AUGGGAGGUGCAUUAAGGUGUGGGAUUCAAAGAAGACCAAAGAAAAGUAGUACUCAUAAAUUGAUUGCUUAAAAAUACUUAGGAUAAUGUAAGCAUUGAAAUUUAGUGUAGUUGAGCAAUUUGAACUGGAUAUGUUGACUCUUAUUUUCAAAGACUUGGCUUCAAGAUAGAGUAAUUAAUUAUUAAGUAGAGAUACAUUCAAUACCUUCUUUUAAAUAAUAGUUUGUAGCAUAUAGAUUAUUAAUGUAGGGAUUUUGGGGAGAACAAAUAUUUAAUAAGUUUACAAAUAAGCAAGAAGACUAUAUGAAUUUUGAUGAAUUUUUGGCUGGAAUGGAAAUGUAUAUAAAGUGCUCAGAUGAAUAGCGAAUAGUGAAUUUAUUUGAGCUUUAUGAUUUACAAAAUUAGAAGGGGAUAGCAAAAAGUGAUUUUUUAUAGAUGGUAUAUAAAGUAUUAGAUUAGAAAUAGAUGCAAAAUUAUCCUUAAUAUGAAUUAAAAAAGAUUUGUGAAGAUUAGCUAUUUUUAGAUGAAUCUAUGAUAAUUAAUGAUUUUGGUAAUCGACGUAAGCAUGGUAAUAAAAAGUAUAAGAAUAGUGCAGAUAUAUUGGAAUUGUCAGGUAUAUAUAAUAAAAUAUUGUUAAAGUGCAACAAUUUAGAAAAUAGAGUUAGAAUAUUUCUGAGUAGUAAUUUGAGAGUUCUAAUAAAAUAAUUUCGGAAGGUUUAUAGAGUUGUUUUUCGAAGUAAUCAGAUGCGCUUUUUGUGUAAGAUAGUAUGAUAUAAGAGAAUGGUUUAUCUUAAAAGCGAUUUGGAUUAGUAAUAACAGCUCAAGUAUAUUAUGAAUUAAAUAUAAGGUUGAUGGUUAAAAAGUAGAAAUGUGUGUUAAUUAAAGUUUACUAAUUAAAAAAUAUGUGGAUUUAGUUUAUAAGAAUAAACAUGAUUAAUUAUUAUCAUUGUAAGAAUUCUAGACAUUUAUUGGAAAACAUCCAAAUUUAAUCCAACCUCUUUACACAGCAUUUAAUUAUAAUAUAUGGGGGAUGAUAGAUAAAUAGGCAAAUUAUAAAUAAUUGUAAGAAUGAGAUGAAUACAAUAUAGAAUGCUAAUAAUGUCAGGAGAGUUAUAUAGAAUAUCAAAGAAAUAAGAGGCAAAAUAAAAAUAUUGUGAACUUUAUCCACAUGUACUGUUAGAGUACGUUAAAAAGGGAGAAAGCCCAUCAAAAGUGAUUUGUUUGUAGGGUUUAAUAAUAGAAGAAAAGGUACACCAACAAGUUUAGAAGUAUGGUUUUGAAAUAUUGCAUGUUGGGAAACAGUAUAAGGGUAAGAGUUAUGGAUGUUAAGAUGAUAAACAAUUUAGGUUGUGGUAGUGUGCAUUGCAAGCUUAUAACAAGUAAAUAUGAUAGUAUUAUGGGAGUGGAGAGAUAAGCAAAAAGUAUUCGAUAUUAGAGAAGAUUGGACAGGGUUAAUCGUCGGUAGUAUAUAAGUGUUAGGAUAAGAUGACAAAGGAGACUUAUGCAUUGAAAAUAAUAAAUAAAUAAUAGAUAUCAAUGAAUCAAGUAGAAGCGAUAAAGCAUGAAGUUGAGAUUAUGAAAUUGAUAAAUCAUCCAUAUAUAAUAAGAUUAGUCGAGAGUUUUGAGAAUAGAAGUCAUAUAUAUUUAGUUACAGAAUUAAUAAAAGAUGGAGAUUUAUAUGAUUAUGUAGAAGAGAAGAAAUACUUGUCUGAAGAAGAAGCAGCCAUGGUGUUAUCAUAAUUAAUAGAAGCCUUAUUAUGUAUACAUUCAAUGGGAAUUGUACAUAGAGAUAUUAAACCAGAAAAUAUUAUGAUUGUAUUGAAUUAGAAUUCAAUUAAAUAAGUUAAAAUUAUUGAUUUUGGAUUUGCUAAUUAUUUAUCUAUUUUGAAUGAAAGAAAAGAGAACUUUGAAUGUGGAACUAUGAAUUAUAUUGCACCUGAAGUUUAUUAACAUUGUAAAGAAUUAACUUCCAAAAUUGAUAAUUUUGCUUUAGGAGGUGUUCUAUAUUUUAUGUUAUGUGGUUAUCAUCCUUUUUGUUCAGAAAUCUUAUUAGAAAUUAAAGAGAAUGUUAUAGAUGGCAAUUAUGAUAUUUAAGAUGAAUUUUGGCAAUGUGUUAAUGAUGAUGUAAAAGAAUUAAUUGCUGGAUUAUUUGAAAUUAAUCCUACAAAUAGAUUAUCCUUACAAUAAGUUAAGGAUCAUAUUUGGAUAAAGAAAUUCUCAGAAAAGCGUAAAUCCAAAAAGAAAUGA